AUCCUCUCUAGCAGCAGUGGGAGGGAACAGAAGGGCUCUUGUUUUUCUCUGCUUCCUUCUCGUUCUCCCUCUCCCUCUCCCUCUCCCUCUCUCUGCCUGUCGCCAGCUGCUGACCACGGCAGAUGGCCCUUAUGAAAACCUUUUGGAAUUCGGCAGUCUACCCCCUGCCCCAGGGAAUCUGUCUUUAACCGAUGAUUUCUCUCAAUAGAAAAGAAGAAGGAAAAGAAGAACAAACAGAAACUUCCUCCUGGAAAACCAGGCUUUAGUCAGGGCCUGGAGAGCACACCCUAGACCUGGAGACCCUCCCAAAGCCUAAAGGGGUCUGCGUACUCGAAAGGUGUGCAGGAUGAGGCUGAGGGAAGAAAGCUGAGCUGUAUCUGUGGCACCCCCCUCUCUUUCCCAUUGCCCGACAGUGGUGGGCGUGAGUACGAAACUGCUUCCACCAAGCCUGGACACCAACCAGCUCUGAAGCCCGUCAGCCCAGGUGUUGACAGCUGCAAGAACCUACUGAAGCUGAGUAGAGAGCAUCCUUCUCUGGAUUGGGAGCCCCCAGCAAACUCCUGAACUGAGCCCCUGAACAAACUCCCUCUGGUUGAAGUUCCAUCUAGUGACAGCCAGAUAGAGGCAGACGGUGACCAGCCUGUGACCCUACUGUUUAUACAAGCCAGGAAAAGAAGAAGUUAGUCCUGUCUGUACCCAGUAGAGGGGCAGUGCCUGAACCACACCCAGAUUUUCAUCACUGUCACUACUCUCCUUUUCCUAGACUUUCCUGGAUCUAACUAUAUCUGAUGUUUAACUUUUCCCUGAACUAUUCAUUCUGCUGAUAACCAAGCCUGGAUUGAACAUAAUCUUUGUGGUCAUUGGAGAGGGUUUACCCCUGGAACACAACCUACUUGCUUCCUUCUAGCCAUGGAGCAUCCUCAACCUGGCCAGCCAUCUUCUGGCGAGAUCAGGACUCCAGAAGCAGACACCCUUGAAAAUAAUGAAGUCCUAUCAGAGUCAGAGUUGGACCCUAAAGAUAAAGCUACUCAAGAUACUAAAGGUGCAGUUGGAGGGCAAGAACCAGUAGACCAAGUCUCUCUGCUUGCCCAGGACAAGGAUAACCUGGAGUCACCACCUCCAGAAGAUGAUCCACAGCAACCAGGACCAGCCCUCGGAACCCAGACCUCAGAAGAGGCAGUGAAGGUAGAGCCCAGCCCUCAGGAGCUUCCCCAGUCUCCUUCAAACCAUCAGCAUGAGCCCGACUUUUAUUGUGUGAAGUGGAUCCCCUGGAAGGGGGAGCGGACACCCAUUAUCACUCAGAGCACCAAUGGGCCUUGUCCACUGCUUGCCAUCAUGAACAUCCUCUUUCUUCAGUGGAAGGUGAAGCUGGCCCCUCAAAAGGAAGUGAUCACUUCAGAUGAGCUAAUGGCACACCUUGGAGACUGCCUACUAUCCAUCAAGCCACAAGAGAAGUCAGAAGCACUGCAGCUAAACUUUCAGCAGAAUGUGGAUGACGCAAUGACAGUACUACCCAAACUGGCCACGGGUCUGGAUGUCAAUGUGCGCUUCACAGGCGUCUCUGAUUUUGAAUAUACACCUGAGUGCAGUGUCUUUGACCUACUUGGAAUUCCCCUCUACCAUGGUUGGCUGGUGGAUCCACAGAGCCCUGAGGCUGUGAGUGCAGUUGGCAAACUGAGCUACAAUCAGUUGGUGGAGAAGAUCAUCACCUGUAAGCACUCAAAUGAUACCAACCUUGUGACAGAAGGCCUAAUCGCAGAGCAGUUCCUGGAAGUGACAGCAGCACAGUUGACAUACCAUGGACUAUGUGAGCUAACAGCAGCUGCCAAGGAAGGAGAACUCAGUGUCUUUUUUCGAAACAAUCACUUUAGCACUAUGAUCAAGCAUAAGAGUCAUCUCUACCUACUGGUCACUGAUCAGGGCUUUCUGCAGGAGGAACAGGUGGUUUGGGAGAGCCUGCACAAUGUGGAUGGAGACAGCUGCUUCUGUGACUCUGACUUCCACCUGAGCCAAGCUCUGGGCAAGGAGGCUGGGGCGGGGAGUGGGGCUCACUCUCAGGAGACACAACGACAAGUGGAUCAGGACUAUAUGAUUGCGCUGUCCCUCCAGCAACAGCAGCAACAAGGCACCUUGGGUCUCAGUGAUCUGGAACUGGCCAGGCAGCUGCAGCAGGAGGAAUACCAGCAACAGCAAGCACAGCCUAUGCCACCCCGUGCCCCAUCCCCACAGGAGAGAGGAGCCUCAUCUGGACGGCCAGCUGGAGAACGUAGGCAGCGGUCAAAGCAGGAGUCAGACUGUGUCCUUCUAUAGCUGCACCCCAAGCCAAGCUGCUGUGCCUAGUCUGACGUGCCCCACUUCCUUGAGAGGCUUCUCAUUAUGGUUCCUCCAUUUGCCUGCCUGCUCACCCUAGCCCUUCUGGGUUUUCUUAGUAGUGGGGUACUAGGGAGCAGGGAGCAAUGGCCAUGGCAAAAGCUGGUCAAGUCCAUGGGGCUAUUCUCAGUGUUGUCCAAGGGUUGUGCCUCCUAUAUCUCAUACCCACCUGCUGCUGUCCCCUGAUCCUUCUCCCCAUUAUACAGGGAAGCAUCAAGAUGAGGGAUGGGGUUCAUGCUGCCCCAUCUUUUGCUCCAUAAUACAAAGACACUAAUGCCCAGACUCAGGCUCCUGGGUGAAAUUUCUUAGUCUAGAGUGUCCCUUUCUCCCCACCUCCAGUUGGCUGGACUUCUCUUGGCUGUCCCCAGGGUAUGCUUCUCUUUUUGGUUUCAGGGUUUUGUUUGGGUUUCUACCUGGCAUUUGUAAUGCCUUCUUAGAAGUUUGAAAAUAAAACUUCUUUCCUGA